AGAGAGAGGGAGGGACCCUGCGAUGCUGUCUAGGGUCCCUUUAAGGAGCACCUGCAUGCCCUUCCAAUUCAGAACCCCUGGAGCAGGGUUGCCCGGCUGCAGCUGGAGGCCAGGGUUCAUUGCUUUGUUGGAAGUGGAGUGUGGUGGGCCAGGAGGGAGGGGAUUAGGACAGGUCCCAGUGGGAAUCCCCGUCCCUCACUCUGAGCCCUCUUUCUUUGCCUGCUUACUUCCCAGAGACCCAGAGAGUAGGUCCCCAGCUAAAAAGAGGGUCAGGUAUGUUUAGAAAUUGGCCGGAGAGGCAAGGUAUGGAGGCGUGAAUGUGAAAAGCUUCUCUGCAGGCAGGAAGAGAGGAAUUUCCAGGAUUCCAGGCAGGAUGUCUCAGGAGAAUGACACAUGGACGAAAGAGUUGCUGGGGGAUGAGCUGACCGCCAUGAGGCUGCAGAAGCUGGAACAGCAGCGGCGGCUUUUUGAGAAGAAGCAGCGGCGGAAGCGCCAAGAGCCCCUCAUGGUUCAGGCCAAUCCCGACGCUUCCCUGCGACCCCGGCGACCAUGGAGGCGGAAGGAGCGCCUCGCAGGGGACCGCGGCCUUGGGAACCCUUUCCUCCAGGAGAACAUGCCAGAGGCACAUCUGUGCUCUGGCCUCCACAGUGCCCUGGGCUUCACGAUCUGCAGUGGAGAUGGCAGCGGCGAGUGUGACCCACUGGUUUCGCCGACAAAAGCAGAUAGUUCUGAUCUGGAGUUGGAGGAAGUGUCCAUGGAGGAUAUUCCUGUUUCUCCACCUCCUUACAAAGAGCCUCCCGGGAUUCGACGCAGGGGUUGGCCAGCCCUCCAACGACCUGGUGACCUUGUCCCAAGUUCCUGGGACCCGGGUGUCCUGAGCCAGCCUUCUUCUGGCUUCUUCCACCCCUUAGGGGCCAAUGCACAGGAAGAGAGCAAAUUCCAGGAUGUUGGAGACGAAUAUGAGGUACCCAGUCCAGGACCAAACCCUGGAAUGAAUGGUGACGGGGGACAUGGAGACUUGUUAGCAGGAGGGCUAACCUGGGACUCUAGAGGCAAGCACCCGGAAGAGAAGAAAGAGGAGUCGGAGUCUACAGUGAACUCCCCAGGAGCUGCCGAAGAGGAGGUGUCGGAGGACCCGGAAGGCGAGAAAGACGCAGACAGCAGUGAUGUAGGAAGCUUGUCCUGCUCGCCACCCCGCGCCCUAGGCCCUCGACUGGGAGAAGACAUGGAAGCGUAUGUCCUGCGGCCAGCGCUGCGCGGCCGCAUAGUGCAGUGCCGCAUCAGCCGCGACAAGCGCGGCGUAGACAAGGGCAUGUUCCCUUUCUACCAUCUCUACCUGGAGGCGGCCGACGGGCGGAAGCACUUCCUCCUGGCUGGACGCAAGAGAAAAAGGAGCAAAACCUCUAACUACCUCAUUUCCCUGGACCCCACAGACCUGUCUCGGGAUGGGGACAACUUUGUGGGCAAAGUCAGAUCUAAUGUCCUGGGCACCAAGUUCACCAUCUUUGACAAUGGAGUGAACCCUGAAAGGAAGAAUUUUGUCCCGGAGACCACUCGGAUCAGAGAGGAGCUGGGGGCUGUGUGCUAUGAGACCAACAUCUUGGGAUUCCGAGGGCCCCGGAAAAUGACUGUGAUCAUUCCGGGAAUCGAUGACCAGAACCAGAGACUCCGCGUCCAGCCACAAAAUGAGCAGGAGUCACUACUGUGUCGCCUCCAACGGGGAGCUAGCCAGGGACUGGUCCUGCUACAAAACAAAGCCCCUUGGUGGAGCUACAGGAGCGGCGCCUACGUACUCAAUUUUCACGGUCGAGUCACUCGGGCCUCGGUCAAGAACUUCCAGAUCGUGCAUCCGGAUGACACCGAUGCCCUCGUGCUCCAGUUCGGCCGCGUGGCCCCAGACACGUUCACCAUGGACUUCUGCUUCCCGCUUUGCCCCCUCCAAGCCUUUGCCAUCUGCUUGUCCAGUUUCGAUGGAAAGCUGGCGUGUGAGUAAUCCAAUGAAAUACCAUACCCUCGUCA